AUGAAGACGAUCGAGAUGCUGAAGAAAGCGAAAGAGAUUGCGGACAAGAAGAAGAAGGAGUUGGCGCAACGUCGCAGCCGGCCUCCAUCGCAGAUACUCCCCUUGCCGCAGCAUAUCUUUCAAGAGCUGGAAGAGAAGGGAUGGCUAGAGAUGUUGACCUCGAAAGGUCUCGAAGUGGAAGCAGGGGAAGCACCGAAUGACGCCGAAGCCAAGUGGAUCAACCUGCAGAUUUCCGGCGACGAGGAGAUGGUUCGCGCAGGCGGUUGCGAGGGCGCGGCAAGGCGUUUUGAGACUCAUGUCCAUCAUCGUGCCUCCGCGCGUGACUUGGUCAUCCUUGUGCCAGCGUUGCUCCAGAUCAGCUCGGCCGCGGAGAAAGCGCGGGCGGAGCUGGUGCGCUGCGAACAUCCCAGUGCCGCCAUCUCCAGUGCCUCGGUCUGGCGGUUAGCAUUUUGCCAUGGAACAUCUCGGGGGAAGCAGGAAAAAAAAUGGGAAAAAAACCAUGGGUUUUCCAGUGAACAGGAAAAAACAUGGGAAUAUCAUACGUAA